AUGUCUAGCGCCAACUGUGCUCAUGCAACUCGCUCACGCUCACACCGAGGAGCAGUGUCUGAUGGGGCAGCUAUCAUCAGUCAUUCAUCAGCUCGACAGCCAGCCAGACUUGGAGGUGUAUCGAACUCUCCAUCCAGUUCUGUCUGGAGGAAACGUGCCAGUGACGUAUUUCCGAUUCCUGGGGCGAAACGCAGCAAGAUUGGUCAAGCAUCAGACAAGGCGACGGGGAUGGCUGGCCAGUUUCAGAAAGCCUUCAAUGACUUGCUUAAACAUAUAGAGGCUUGGAAAGAAGAAGAGGACCACCACCAUGAUGCCAUCGAGAUGGAUGAGGUUGUGACCUGCUGGAAAACUGCAGUGGACACGGUGCUCAUGCCAGCAAAGUUGCCACCAGAGCAGCUAAUAUUGCUCGAUCUGCAUCUCCCACUACCAGUCUGGUUGUCACCAAUUCACAGAGGACUCCUGGAAGCUGCCAAUGGAAUCUGCAUGGAAUUCGCCACAUCCGUCAAGCAUGCGCAGAGCACUCUUCUUUCUCCAUUUGAUUUUGGCAAGCCCAGUGGCUGGGGGAAGGGCCAAGAUGAUGUCACUCAUAUUAUGUGCCUCCGUCCAACCUUGAAGAACAGUGUUCCAGUGUGCGCGCUGCAUGACGUUUUCCGCCAAUUCAUCAUUGACGCUACCGGUUCCCUUCCUGAGGACUGCAGCACCACAGUCGAUGCUGUGAAGUCGGCCCAGAUGUUGUGCAGCAUGAUGGGCGAACAUUUCAAGGAUGAGGCGGCACGAACCAAUCAAUUCGACACUGGCGUUGAGUCGCUGUUCGAACGCCAGCGCUGGUCCCACAAGUACCAGUUCAAUGCAUCGUCAGACCUCCGUUACGGUGAGGUCGAUUGCGUUUUCCUCGCAGAUGGAAGCAUACUGAUCAUCUUGUGUGAGGACAAGUGGGAGCCCAGACAAGGAGUUAGCGAUGUCUACAUGCAACUGGCGUGUGACUACGACCUUGCCGUGAAAGUCUUGGAGCAGAAUGAACGGCAUGAUCCAAGGUGGACGAGUUUUUUAGCGCAGGGCUCACCGAUGUUCCUCAUCUCUGUGUUAGGAGCUCAGCUGUCUGUACUGGGGGGCUUCUAUGAUGGCAAACAUGUCAUCAUGGAGCCAUUACAGGAUACCUAUUACAUGCUACAUGAUAGCAGGGGCAUACGACAGGAUAGGCUUGCGAAGGUGCUCUAUGCACUGGCAAAAGGGCAAUCUACACUAGAAAGGUUGAACCUGAACGAAAUGCCACCGACAUUUCCCUCCUCGACACCACGGAUCUACGAGUCAGUCACGUUGUAUGCGAAAUCAGGAGCCUCCGCACCAGGCAAGCUCGCGUUCGAAGAUCGUCUCUUGACAAGUAGCCAGCGGUGGCUGUUCCAUGCCACCUUGUUGACCCCUUCCCGUCUGCGUUCUCCCACCCCAGUGGUGGUCAAGUUGAUUGACAGAUUGUAUGGCGAACAUGUUCAUCAGCUCUUGGCUUGA